AUGGCUGACCUCUCCUGGCUAUCGAGAGGCUAUCAGGAGGACAAGAGGGACAACGAGUACUGGGACUAUUACUACCAGGUGACAGGGGAUGAUCCGCCUACCUUCCUCGCUAGACCACAGACGUUUACCGUGGAAGUCGGCCAGUCUGUUAUCAUACCUUGUGACGUAGACAACCCAGGAGGGAAGAACAAGCUGAUCAUCAAGAAGCUGCCAGCCAACGGGGCCAGCGAGAAGCUUCUGUCAGUCGGGACGGACAAGGUGACGCCAGACCCGAGGAUGACAGUAGACGGGUCGAGGCUCACCAUCUCCCACACCCGCCCCCGUGACGCCGGCACCUUCCUCUGUCAGUUCGACCUGGAGCCGCCCUUACAGCUGAAACACACCCUGGACGUGCAGUACGCGCCCACCGUCAGAUCCUUGGUGCCCCCCGAGCAGCGUGUAGCCAAGGGCAAGGGCGUCACCCUAGAGUGCACGGCACGGGGGAACCCAGAGCCCAUCAUCCGCUGGUCCCGUCAGGAAGGUCCUCUACCCUCGGGACAACGUAGUCAACAGGGACACAGGCUAACACUGGACGCCGUGGACAGACACAUGGAAGGGACGUAUCUGUGUACGGCUGACAACGGCAUCGGUGAGCCCGCGUCAGCAGCCAUGGCCCUGACGGUGGAGUACCCGCCUGAGAUCACUACUGAGAAGGACAUCGUCAGGACAGGUGAGGGUGACCAGGUAGAACUCGUGUGUGUGGUGCAUGGUCUUCCUCCUCCUGACGUUGUGUGGACGAGAGACGGCCGCCCACUACCCGACACCAUCAUGGACACCAAACUCCACCUGCCGCAGCAACCAGGAGGACGCGCCCACGCCUCCUACGACGCCCACGUCAGCCAGACCCAUUUCUCCCACCGCCACACCCUCACUAUCAGCCACGUCACGGAAAAGGACUUCGGGGCGUAUGUGUGUAUCGCUGAGAACGCCCACGGACAGAAGAGCGCUGUUAUACAGAUGACAGGCCUCCCGAAGCCUCCUGUAGUGACCAGUAGCCCCAACGGAGGUGAGAGCAGCAGGUACACCCUCACCUGGGAGACAGAGAGCUACUACCCAAUCACCGAGUUCCUCAUCAAGUACCGGAGGACUCACCUGGGGGCGUGGCAAAGGAACCAUACGGUGGUGAUGGCGGGGUCGUGGGAGAACGUGUCGAGGGCGGUGGGGUCUGAUGAGGCGGUGGUGUCGAAGGAGACUCACCACCACGCCAUGGUCUACACGCUGGAGGGGCUGCAGGUGGCCACGGACUACGUCGCUGUCGUCAGGGUGAGAAACAAGUACGGGUGGUCGGCGGAGUCUAACAACUUCUCCUUCUCUACUAAGAAAGCCAUGGCGGUCCUUCAGUCCACCAGCGGGGAGAGCGGUCAGACCGGCACCUCUGGCUUCAUCCUCCUGCUGGUGCUGCCGCUGUCUCUGACCGUCAUGUAGGACAGCAGCCACCACGUAUGACAAACAGGACCUCCAGUCACAGUCCGCCACAAGCGAGCGGCGACAGUGACCCGCCCGACACAGGAACUUGGCCAAGUAGCUACCGCGAUGCCCAAUGGUGGCGGCGCUGUGAUGCGGUACUGCGUCUGGAGAUAACGACAAUGUCACAACGCGGGAGACAGUGGCCGCUGUACCUGCUGUGGCCGGAGGGGGGAUGUGGGGUACUGAUGUUGGCGCCAGAGAGAGAGUGUGUGUGAGGGACAUCUGAAAGUAUCUAGACAUGCACUUUUCAUGGGCUAUUGCUAUCCAUGCGAGGCAAUCUUACCAGAGCCAGCUUUCUGCAAGUGCUUGACUGCCUCAGAUGCAGCAGGAGAAGCUUGUGGCGGAAAUGUUUGCAGCAGAAGCCGCUUACGAUAGACGUCACUCUCAGCAAAAGAGGCUUGCCGCCAUUACCAGCCUGCAGCCGCGGCCACUUGCGGCACACCUGUCCAGUCCAGUUUUUAUUUAAAAACUUGUGUGAUAAUGUCCAUUUCAUGACUUCAUUAAUGUAGAUUUAUCUGGUAGUCCAGAGGUGCAGUAGUUUGUUAUUGCUGUCGCCUUUUUUUAAUACGUGAAGUGUGUUGUCUGUUUCUACUGAGACAGAAUACUACAAGUCUUAGGACCUGGACCAAUAGUGUUCACCCGCUCCGGUGAACACUCCCUCGCGUGCACAUUUGUCCUUGGUGUGCAUGUGUGUAGAGCUGUCACUAGUGUACACAUGUGAACAGCUGGCACUAAGUACAAACAGUGCACAGUUGUCUUUAGUAUGCAUCUAUGAACAGAUGUCACAAGUGUCUCUGUGUGUCAGUACAGUAGUGUGUUAUAACUAGGCUGCGUCUGUUUACCUACCAAGAGUUAAGUAUCACUCACCGUGACGACGGGGACCCUUCAGUCUCCCGCCAAGAACAAGUUAACACGAGAGACACGCCCUCAGUGUACUGUUGAAUUUUGCUACAUUUAAUGCGCUUCUCUCCGCACCACGACCUUCCUAAGCUUCACGACUGCGCCAGAUGCCAAAACACCUUCAUGUCAUGGCGAGCGUCUCAUUGUAAUAUAAGAAUAAUAUAGAAUUUCAGUGAUUUACAUUAUACCACAAGCAAUAGGGCUGUUAAGUGUGUGUGUGUGUGUGUGUGUGUGUGUGCGUGUGUGUGAUCAUGCUGGUCGAAAACCAAACCUUCAUUUCUUAUCACUACGUCACAAACUAUGACCAAUAACGAUCUAAUAUUAAAUUCAUAGAAGCUAAACCAAACACCAACAGGACAAUGGUUUAAUUUACCAUCGAUUGGGAUAAUUUACCUUCAACCUAGCAAGCUACAACACCGCCACCUUGAAUACAACUAAAACAGUAUCCAAGAAACAACAUUCUCGCUGCGUCACUUGUCAAUACAUCCCGGUAAAACAAGUUAGAGAGGAGUUAAGAAACUUCUCCUCCCCCCAACAACAACUACGGGAGAUUAGUGAGGUCUCUUCCCGCUCCAUCCCUGUGUGUACUUGGACCCCAAACUCUGGCUAGUAAGUCUGACCAUCAUAAAUAAUAUCACUAGAUGCUUUUUUUUUUUUAUCUUGGUUAGAGUAUGUGGUCCCAUCUCUACCGUAGACACCAGAAAGAUGUCAGGGGUGUGUGUGUGUGUGUGUGUGUGUGUGUGUGUGUGUGUGUGUGUGUGUGUGUGUGUGUGUGUGUGUGUGUGUGUGUGU